ACGACUACAUGUGUGAAGACAGCGACAAAAAAACCCCCCACAUCUUUCCUGAAAAUAAAAGUCCCCAGCAUACACGUAAAUAUGGACACGGACGAGGAGGGAGACAAUGACUGGGAUCGCAGUUUAGAGUCAGACAUGCUAGAGACAGAAGGAAGUUCCACUGACAGAGUUACAUCCAUAUCUCAGAGAGUGAUCCUGCACAUUGACCUGGACUGCUUCUAUGCACAAGUGGAGAUGAUCCGAAAUCCUGCACUCAGGAACAAACCUCUUGGGAUACAGCAGAAGUACUUAAUUGUGACGUGUAAUUAUGUGGCAAGAGAGCAUGGCGUGAAUAAACUGAUGUCAGUGACUGAUGCAGUGGAGAAAUGCCCACAGCUGGUGCUAGUGAAAGGAGAAGAUCUCACACAUUACAGAGAGAUGUCCUACAAAGUCACUGAAUUGCUGAUGUCAUACUGCCCACUAGUGGAAAGGCUGGGCUUUGAUGAAAACUUCAUGGACGUUACAGAAAUGGUGGAGAGAAGACUGAAGGAGACCUGUAUUUCAGAUCUCUCCUUCAACGGACACGUAUACAAACAUGAAAGUAUGGCAGUUGAUGAGGAGAACGCCCGACUGGCUGUCGGCUCUGUGAUAGCAGCUGAGAUGAGGCAGGCCAUCUUCAGCACGCUGGGACUAACCGGCUGUGCUGGCAUCGCUAACAACAAACUCUUGGCCAAACUAGUGGCUGGAACCUUUAAACCAAACCAGCAAACCACCCUCCUGCCUUACAGCACCGCUGAGCUCAUGAGCAGCCUCACAGGACUAAUCAAAGUGCCUGGGAUUGGUUACAAGACACGUGAGAAGUUAAAGGCUUUGGGUCUGGUCAGUGUGAGAGAUCUACAGUUAUAUUCUCUGGCUGACCUGGUGAGGGAGUUUGGUGAAGUGACCGCUAAAAGGAUUCAAAACCUCGCCUGUGGCAUCGAUGACUCUCCAGUCACGCCGGCGGGUCCUCCUCAGUCUCUCAGCGAUGAGGACUCAUUCAAGAAAAUUUCCACUCUAGAGGAAGUUCAAAAGAAAACUGAGGAACUACUCACCAGCCUUACUGAGAGGAUGCACAAAGAUGGCAGGCGGCCACACACAUUCAGACUAACGAUUCGCCAAUACACAGUCACCAAUCGCUGGUUCAGUCGAGAGAGCCGACAGUGCCCUAUACCCAACCACACUGGGCUCAAGAUCACAUGUGGAAGCAGUGAGGCUGUGCCCCAGUUACUGGGACUGUCAAUGAAGCUAUUUCAUAAAAUGUUGGACACACGUGAGCCGUUCCAUCUGACCCUGCUGAAUGUGUGUUUUAGUAACCUGCAGGCUAAAAGCUCUAGCAAGAGCUCCAUCGCCUCUUUCUUUACACAGAAAUGUCCUACAACAACACAAAUGACAUCUCAACAGCAGGUCAACCCUUAUGUAUUCUCACAACUUCCUGCUGAUGUGCAAAGGGAGUUACUGACAGAGUGGAGACAGCAGAAACCGGUCCUAAAAAUCCCAUCCAAACACUCACAUAAAACCUCCAGUACCAGAGACAAGAAGAGCGCUGCUAAAGGCAGCCAGUGUAACAACAUACUGAAAUACUUCAAACCUAACUGA